AUGACAGAGUAUCUACAAGUUUUGGAAAAAUCCUCUCAAGACGAUAACGUGAAACGAGAAUAUUACCUGGAACACCAAAGCUACAACAACUCGUACGGAAACAACGAUGAGAUUCGCAUUGAGUUGCGCAACAAAGAAAAAUUCACCAUACCGUGUGAAAGUUACUUGCAAAUAGAGGGGAGUAUUGCAAAACCCACAGGAGCAGUUGGUAACAUUGUAAUGAAUCAAAACUGUAUGAUGAAUCUUUUCGAUGAAAUUCGUUUUGAGAUUAACAAUAAAGAAAUUGAUAAGGUAAAAAACGUUGGUGUGACUACGGCUAUGAAAGGAUAUUGUUCGUUCACGCCCAACGAUGUCGUACGGUUACAUCCAGCCGGGUGGAAAAACGUGAAUAAAUUAUACGAUGAUGGAAACUUUAUGGACCAUUCCGAAUUUGUAGCUCAUUGUCCGUUGUCAAUGUGUAUGGGAUUUUUCGAACGGUAUCGGCGUACACUGAUCAACUGUAAGCAAACACUCAUACUCAUCCGAUCGAAUGCCGACCACUGCGCCGUAGCAUUGGUACCGGCAAAAGACGAAGCAGAAAAAGCUUCGGUGUUAACCGCAGAAAAUAUUGCGCUGAUCAGACAAACCAAAGUGAAUAUCACAAAAAUUAAAUGGGUCGUGAAAUACUUUGAACCAAAUGUGAAAACGGAAUUGGGUCUGAUGCGCAUACUCGACAGCAAAAAAUGGUUACCGUUAGAGUUUCAACAUUGGGACACUGCUGUAUAUCCCCUUGUACCACAAACCACCACUCAUGCAUGGCCAGUGCGUACGUUCUCGGGUGUUGAAACACCUAGGUAUUUACUCGUAGCCAUGGUCACAGAUGCCAAUAAACGGGUACACGGUGAAUUCAAUCAUUGUUUCCUGCGUAACAUCAAGGCAUACUUGAACACUGACGAGUACCCGUAUGAAAACCAUAAUGCAGAUUUCGACAAAGGCAAAUUCUCGACAUUUUAUAAUUCGUACGCACAAUUUCAAACAAUGUACUAUGGAGAGAUGAACCCAUACCCUUUUUUGGAUCGAAUCAGCUACAAAAAAAUCGGACCUAUAUUCGUCAUAGAUUGUUCAAAACAAAACGAUACCGUCAAGUCGUCCACAGUGGAUCUACGUAUUGAUUUUGAAUGUGCAGAGCAAUUUCCCGCUAAAACUUCGCUGUACUGCGUCAUCAUACACGACUGUCAAAUGGAAUACAAUGCAUUCACCGGAGAAGUGCGCAAAUUGUAA